GUUGAGGUCAAAUCCUGUGCGUCACAUAUAAAUAAAUAAAUAUAAACAUGAUCACCCCACCCGGUCAGGUUCGUGGGCGCGGCGGCGUACGCGACGUGCGUGACGUGGGUGGCGUUCUUCCCGCUGUACGCGGCGACGGCGGCGCGCACGGCGGCGCUGUGCGCGUGCGUGUCGCUGUCGGCGGGCGCGUGCGUGCUGCUGGCGCUGGGCCCGCGCGUGUGGGUGUGCCUGUGCCGGCCGCGGCGCAACACGCGCGCGCACUUCCUCACGGCCACCUCCAUCCGCUGCCACCUGGGCAAGUACCGCCCCGGCGCGGAGCCGCCAUCCGCUGCAGACUCGCCUCGGGUGGUCGUUGCACAUCGUGAUACCAGCUGCCAAACCGAGGCCCGAGGCGCGGGCGAGGGUGCGGGCGCGGGAGCGAGCGCGGGGCCGGGCGGCUGGUGCGCGGCGGCCGGCGCGUGCGCCCGCGUGACGCGCGCGCCCCUCGACGACGGCGACGACGGCGGCGGCGACGCCGACGUGCUCAUCGUGCUGCUGCAUCAUCACCAUGCCGUGCCUCCAGCGAUCUCGGACCACAGCCUACCGUAGAGGACUUCACUCGAAAACAUAUUAAAAAGAAUAGGAUUUUAAAAAUGUAACUAGUGCAUUUCGUGCAAAAUCGACGCGGAGAUGAAUAGUGAUAAAUUAUUUUAGUCAAUACUAAAAUGUACCUUAAGUAGUCUGAAAACCUAAAUAUUAAGUGCACAAUAAAUUUAAAUUAUCUCUAUAAGUAUUAGUCUCAUGGUCAAACGUUUGAAAACCCCACUCUAAUCCUUUGCGUUUGAUGUCGUAUUCGUGACGUAACAGACGCAGACGCUGAAAAAAUGUACCCAUUUCGUGCCGGCACGGUGACGCGGCGGUUCCAGAAUAGCCGCGAGCGAGGGUCGC